AACGUUUAGCCCUCGGAUGAUUUUUUCUCCUUUCUAUUUGAUUUGUAUUUACACCGUCAGUGUUUUUGCUCAUAGAGGCAUUUUCCGGUGAAAAUGAAUGAUGAUAUAUUGACCACUCUGAAAAUACUGAUCAUUGGCGAAAGUGGAGUAGGCAAAUCCAGUCUUCUUUUGAGAUUUACUGAUGAUACAUUUGAUGCAGAAAUUGGUGCAACAAUAGGUGUGGAUUUCAAGGUGAAAACGCUGGCUGUAGAUGGAAACCGAGCAAAACUAGCAAUCUGGGAUACAGCAGGUCAAGAACGUUUUCGGACUUUAACACCCAGUUACUACAGAGGAGCUCAGGGUGUCAUUCUGGUGUAUGAUGUCUCUAGGCGAGAGACAUUUGCUAAGCUGGAUAAUUGGUUGAGUGAGCUGGAGACGUACUGUACAAGAAAUGAUCUUGUCAAGAUGCUAGUGGGAAACAAAAUCGAUAAGGAUGAUCGUGAGAUUGAGCGAGAGGAGGGCCUGAAGUUCGCAAGAAAACACUCCAUGCUUUUCAUAGAGUCCAGUGCUAAAACAAGGGAUGGUGUCCAGUGUGCCUUUGAGGAGCUGGUGGAGAAAAUCCUGCAGACUCCAGGCUUGUGGGAGAGUAUGCAUAAGUCAAGAGGAGUUGCCCUGUCUGAACUCUCUGAAAGUAGUCAAGGAGGCUGCGGGGCGUACUGCUCACUUCUCUAACACGCACACUGGUGUUUAGACAGUGCAGGUUAGAUUAGUUAACCCAUACAAAGGAUACAUAUGCCUUUUUGGUAAGUGUAUCCCCGCGAGCACACAAACAAAACUUUCAUAAGUAUUAAUCAUUUAACAGAGCUGACAAAAACAAAGAAGAUGGCUGGAAAUAGAUAAGCUUUUCUUGUGUUAAAAUUCAUUUGACGAUUUUUAUCGAAGGCAUGCUGAUCAUUUGUAUUCAGGAGGGGGAUAAAAAAAAAAAAAAAAACUUGAUUACUCCAUAAUACCUCAGAUCAGUUUGCUUCUCGGUUUGUAUAUUGCUCGUAAUGUUUUACUUUGUUUUGUCCCAGUGCCUGUGUUUCUUAUUUAGGAAGAGGUAAACACUCAUCAGUCUAACUCGACCUUUCAAACUGCUGGAAUGAGCUCUCAGUAGAACACAGAUUUCCAUCAACAUGCCCUCUCUUGAUGUCUGCAACGUGCGGAACUCCGUUCUUUCUUUAUCUGUCCAUCUUUGGAUCCCAUUUUUUCCCUACUGUCAGUCACUUGUUAACUUUAGUUCCUCCCUCUCUCUCACUACAUGUAUCUGUCUUCAAUUCACUUCCACCAUUCCCUCUGUUUCUCCACUGAAUAAUAGAGUUAGCAAGCGUUUGGAUCUGUGUUUUACUGCUUUUAUUGACUUGGGCCGCCCACUUCAAAACAUGUUUUUGAAGGGUUUAUAAAUCAAACAUAUUGGCGCAAUGAAUCUCUCUUUUGUACAUAUAAACAGAGGGUAAAACUGGCUAAAAAUAAAACUUGCCUUCAGACUUAUGGACAGUGUAACAUGUCUGUCCAUCAUAGAGAAGAAAAAAAAAAGAUCCUCACAGUGUGACUAUAGAUGGUUUUUACGCACAGAGAAAUGGAACAAAAGAACACAUUUAGAAAUAAUAAAUGUUCAUCCCAAAAAUGCACGGCACUUAAUGGCGAUGCCAAAUGAAUAUUUCCAUUCUCCCGGUUUAAUCUGGACUAUUUGAUCUGGACUAUUUAGUCUGUUCUGUUUGCUUUAGAGAAACAUCCAGGGGGUCCCAGAUGUCGAGUCUUGUAUUCAUUGCUUAAAAACUGGGUGGUAAAGUCCUUUCGAGAGCCAACUUCAGUUAUAGCAGUUUUAGAAAGUGUGUGGCACAUGUGGAAGGAAACGCAGGGUUUGAAUGCACACCCACAGAAAAGUCCUCAUUUUUGCAUUCCUUUUUACUUGUUUUGAUAUUUGCUGAUAAUUAGAAGCUGAUUUAUGUAUUGGGUGGUUUCAAGUUGCAUGCAAUAUGUCUUAUGUGCAUUUUUAGGGCAGUUAUAUAGUAUCUAAUUGUAUAUUUUUUUCACUAUUCAUCAUCAUAUAAUUCUAUAUGAGAGUUAAUUGCCAUUGAUUGAAGGACUUUUGGUUUAGGUUCUUCACUGUUUUAUGGAUAUUUAUGUCCAAACCUUAUGAGUAUAAUACACAAGAAUGAGUUUACGCAAUAUUGCCUACUGUUAUUGCACAUUAAUUACUCUAUGUAAAUAUUUGCUUAUGAUGGUCAUAAAUAUAUUGUAAUGUUGA